AUGGGUUUUGAGACAGCGAGACACCUGGCAAGCCUGGGCAUGCAUGUUUUCAUAGGUAGGCUCCUGUCCAAUCACAUGCCUGCAGACAUACUGCUUCUUUUUCUUCAUUUAUAUUAACUCUUAGCCUCUGCAAGCCAGUGUUACUUCACAAUUUACCCUGAAUCAUAGUGUAAACUAACCAGGCAGAUGUAGUGCAGACAUGAAAUAAGUGCAAAAAUCUUUUUUUUUUAAAUUAUUAUUUUUUACUGUAAUAACACAAAUUCUUUCAAAGUGUAAUACUUAAAACAGAACAUGUCUAAAAGUCUGUAGCAUACCUUUUAACCAUGACUCUGUCUUUAGUACUAAUUAGUAUUCAGCUUCCACAUGCAUGACUUAGGCUGAUCUCUGCACCAUGUCAGCUGAAAUGAUAACUGACUUAUUUUAAGAUAUGACUCAGAAAUUCAAACAAAGGGAAACACCCGCACACUGUCCAACUUGCAGAGAAAAGAACAAUUUUAAGCGAUGUUUCGGGACUAGACCUUGAUCAGGCAACAGUUUAAUACCUAAACGUUGAAUUAAAUUGUUCCUUUCACUGCAAGUUGGACAGUGUGUGGGUGUUUCCCUUUAUUUGUUUAAUUAUAGAUGUGCGAAGUUACCUCUUGAUUUAGAGAAAAUAGUGUGUUGUAUUUUAAAACCACUUAAGAGCUUGCAAAUAUUUUGUCUCAGUUACUGCAUGCCACUUGCAUAAUUUGAAGGUAUAAAAGUGUAGAAAACUAACACCUUGCAUCUUUUGUUUAGUAGAAAAUUAGAUUGAUUUUCCUCCAUGGUGCAUUAAUGAUUGGCACCAAUAUAAACUGAGAUGAUGUGGGCUUUAGGCACUUUAAAAAUAAGAUUAAAAUCUGCUGGACUUCUCCCCAACUCUGAUCUUCAUCACCUCCAGUUGGAAACGAAAGAGAGGAGGGAGCUGAGGCCGUCAAGAAGAUCCAAAAAGAAGGAGGCGAGGGGAAAGGUAAACACCUGUCUGUCUACACCUGAAUGUUUGACAGUGGUCCCAUCAGAACACCCUCCGUUUAGGGAGGUCUGCAGAUGUAAGCAGGUCAACUAUAGUGUGCACACUCUGUUGUGUUAAAUAAACCUGUUGUAGUCCAGAUGUUUAAAUGUGGGAGUGCAAUGCUUUUCAGAUGUAGGAUCUGUAGAGGGUAACGGCUUCUGUUUAGGUAAGCUUCUUAAGAAAGAUGGGAUUAAAAUGUGUAAAAUAUUAGCCUCAGUUUUACCAGAGAGGCCUGUUGUAGCUUGGUUUAUAAUCUCCAAAAAUGCAGAACAAUGAGUUCUGGAUAACUUUAUAUGGAAAACUGAUCCUGACACACUGAUCUGACUGUGUGCAGCUCUGAAUAAAUCUCAUUCAGGCUUCGGCUCUUUCUGAUUUUGUUAGUUUACAACUGUGCAACCAUAGAGCAUAGGCAUCAUCAGCACACACAGCUCUCUGUUUUAAUGCAACUCUGCUUUACAUGCUUUUAUUAUCACGCUAGUGUAAUUUAAUAUGGGUGUUGUAGCGUAGCGAGGGAUAUUGAUGCAAUUAGCGGGACCUGUGGAUGAAAAAUACCUGCAGAAGCUCAGACUGCACCAGGAUUACAGCUUUAAUCCAGGAGGCCUCAUUCAGGGUGGAUUCACAUAUCUCUCUCUCUCUCUCUUUCUCUCCUUCCAUGCCUCUCUCUCUCGCUCUUUCUCGCUCUCUCUCUCUCGUUUUCCCUCUCCGUCCACCCCCCCUCUCUCUUUCUCUCUCCAUCCGUCUCUCUCUCUCUUUCUUUCUCCGUCUGUCUCUCUCUUUCCUUCUCUCUCUUUCUCUCUCCAUCCGUCUCUCUCUUUCUGUCUCUCUCUCUCUUUCCUUCUCUCUCUGUCUCUCUCCAUCUGUCUCUCUCUCUCUCUCUCUUUCUCCGUUUCUCUCUCUUUCUCCGCCGUCUCUCUCUCUCAUCUCUCUCUCUCUCUCUUCAUUCACCCCUCUCUGUCUUUCUCUUUCUCUCUUUUCUUUCCAUCCGUCUCUCUCUCUCUCUCUCUCUCUCUGUCCCUCUCUCUCCAUCUCUCUUUCUCUCUCUCUCUCUCUCUCUUCGUCCACCUCUCUCUCUCUCUCUUUCACCAUCUGUCUCUCUCUCUCUUUGAUACGGUACUACAGUUUCAAUCAAAUUUAACCCAUUAAAUAAUCACUCAGUUACUUUAAAGCUGCUCUCAUUGAUGCAUUUGAUGCUAAUUAAUCUUAUUCAGCUUCUCAUACAGAGAGUUUUGACUCUUUUGCUCUAAAUCAUACCCUCUCCUGCAGCAAUGGGAUUUGAUCUGGCCUUAAUUUUAGCAGCAAUUUCAAAAUUGCAAAGCAUUUUGGAAAAUUUUAGUUUUUUUCCUAGAUUUUGACUGUAGUUAAGUGGUAAAUUACAUUGCGAAAGUUAGGAAAACAUGUUAUUCAAGUCAGCUGGUAUGGUCUAUUUCCUGGCAAAUAUAAAAGCUUUAGUCAUGGUUAAAGCAUCAAUAAUGGAAAUCAACUGAAAAGCAGAGACUAAAUAGAAACAAGUAGCAUAAGUUUUCAAGUUUUGCAUAGUUGUUUGUUUGUUAGUUAAUUCCACUUGGACCAGCUGUCUUUUUAAUAAAGUCUGUGUUGACUAAGAAUCUGAAAUAAUGGCAGAGGCUUCAAAUAAACAAAUGAACCAAAGCUGAAGGGAAAUAUGCUGAAUCAAAAAAAAAAAAAACUCUCUCUGAGACUUCAGUUCAUCAUUAAUAUUUAUAACUUUGGGCUUUUAAUCUAGAGCUCUCCCCAACAUUUUAAAUCUUUAUAAAUUAGAAAACAUUGUUAAUUUCUGCUUGUCUCCACUAGAGAGUCAGGUUUUAAGAUUACCACCAUUUUUGUAGAAAUGUGGACAGAGAGGAGAGUGUAUUUUUUUCAAAAGGUUCAGACCAUUGUCAUCUCAGUUUAAUUCACUUUGUGUUAUCUGCAUGGAAAAAACAUUUGCAAACCAUUGAGAGAUUAAAAAAAGAGGAGUACAAAGGUAAAGCAAGAGGCAGGAGAGAGUAAGAGCAAAGAACACAGAUCAUAUAAAACAGUGGUUCUGCAUGUUUUGGAUGUUUCCCUGCUCCAACACACCUGAUUCAAAUGAUCAAGCUCUGUAAUGGUUUACUAACGAGCUAAUCAUUUAAAUCAGGUGUGUUGGAGCAGGGAAACAUCCAAAACAUGCAGGACAGUGGGCCUCGAGGACUGGACUUGAGAACCACUGAUAUAAAACAUUAAAUUCUCUCUGUUAAGUAAGAGGAUGGGUGCAUUUUCACAAUUUCUGCUCAAAUGAUUCCUCUUAUAAUCAGUCAGUAGAAUUAAAACCAUUAUACCAAAAGCAUAACAGCAUUAAGAAAUGCAGAAACAAUCUACAUGUCCAAUAAAAGGUUGCAACUCUCCAAAAAAAAAUGGUAGAUAUAGAAAAUCAUUUGACCAAAGCAGAAAAUUAUAUCCUUCACAAAAACAUAUUAAUAAGCUGUGAUGACACUUAAAGCAAAGGCUCCCCAAAGUCUACAUUCUCCCCCUUGUGGUGUCUUUGGGUACUGUAGGCUGGCCACUAAGGAUUAUGCAUAACUAAUAAAAAUAAGAAGACCUUUACCCCUUUUAUGAUAUAAUAUUGGCACUUAUUUAUCUGCUUUUUAAAAACUAUUUGUCUUUGCAAUACAUUUGAGAGUUGAUGGAUUAAAAAAUGUUGUGAAAGUUUGAAGUGUUAUGUAGAGUUGUGUGUUUGGAUGUUUAGCGGGUUCAGGGGUAUUUUUAAACGUUUUUGCACAGGGAUUAGUUCACUCAAUAGGAUUUAAAUCCUAGAGAGAACUGGUGCAGAGUUCAGCAAGAGCACAAACAGCAUUAAGACGGCUCUGCAUAACUUAAGAGAUCUUGUAGGUGGAAUUUUCCCUGAAAUGCACCUGUUUACAAACUUUCUCUCAGAACAAUGAUCAUGUUUUAUUCUCUUUGUGCAGCUGAGUUCGUGUUUCUUGAUCUGACCUCACUGAAGUCAGUUCGACAGUUUGCACAGUCGUUCAAAAACAAAGGACUCCCACUCCACCUGCUGGUCAACAACGGUAACAUCCUCACCUCCCGAGCAUGAAAUGAGUAAAUUCAUGAUUUAGGGUUCAAUCAUCAGACUUGGUUUGUUGAUUCUGUCCUCAGCUGGCACCAUGCUGGUUCCUGAGCGUAGGACGGAGGACGGCUUUGAGUUUCACUUCUGUCUGAACUACCUGGGUCACUUCCUGUUGACCAACCUGCUGCUGGACGUUCUGAAGAAGUCUGGAAGGCCGGGCCGCUGCUCCAGGAUUGUCAACAUGUCAUCAGCCACUCACUACGCAGGAGUCAUGCAGAUGGACGACCUCAACAGGAGGUGAAUCUUCUGGUCUUUAGGACACCAAGCAGUCAUGUAAACUGUAUUUAGCUAAGUGGUUCAGUUCAUUUAAGUCUGACACUAACUCCACCUGUUCUCCUGAAACCCGCACAGUGUCAUCUGUACUCAUCCAUAUGCUAACAAAAACAACCACAAACACCAUGCCCCUCUCUCUCUGACUCCAGGAAACACUACAGCUCCCAUGGUGCCUAUGCUCAGAGCAAACUGGCUCUGGUCCUCUUCACCUACUACCUGCAGGAGCAGCUGACAGCCGGCGGCUACCACGUGAUCGUGAAUGCUGUUGACCCGGGCAUGGUGGACACGGCACUGUACGACAACCUGUGGACCCUUGCUCAGAUGCUGAAGAAGCCGGUGGCCAAAAUCCUCUUUAGGGUACAACUUUAAUAAAAUCAGAGUUUUCUUUGCAUAAAUUUUAGCUCAAAGUGACUAAAAAGUGCAGUUAAUUUUGAUCAUGUCUGAAGUACAUGUCUUUAUCCGAGCAGUUUAAACAAUCCAACUGAUCAAGGCAGACUCUCAUGUGGUUUUGAUCCAGACUUUUCUUAAACCAGAAACAGCUGUUAUGUCACUCUCUCCAGACACCAAACUACACUGAGGAAAAAACUAGUCUUAUAUUGGGAAAAAGCAGGAGCUGUUGGUCUACCUUUUACCCUGAUAACUUUGAAGAGGGGAUCCCAACCGAGAUAGAGCAUUUUGUUAGAGAGGAAGAGGAUUUAUAACCAUCAAAAGAUCAAAAGAAUAAACAUUUUACUUUGCCGGACACAGGAGUUGCUGUUCUGCUUCAGCCUAAUUUUGUUUUGCUGUUUUGAGAUGUAGACGUAUUGUGUUGCACCAUGUAUGCGAUCUAAGAAAACAACGACACACAUCAGCUGAAAUAAAAGGUUAUAAUCAAAGCAGAGGUAGACCAGCAACUCCUGUGUUCUGUCAGGUACAAUAACAGUUUCCUGAAGGAGCAGGUGUUUUAUUUGAAAGUAGAAAAAACUGUCACUUGAAUUUCUCUAAAUAAACCAAAUAUUAUUGACAAAAUAAGUAAUUGUAACUUGCAGAACGUGAGUUGGUGGUUUACUGCGAUCAAUUUCUUUGUUUUUUAAUUGUCAGUUUUAUAAGGUUGUGUGCAGAAAACAAGCCAUUGUCAUACUAAAGCCUUAACACUGCAUGUAGAUAAAAUAUUAGGGAGGCUGUAGACCAACAAUUCCUGUGCUUUGAGUUACUGCUCUGCCCCAUUAGCUUCUGUUUGUUGUGUUAUUUACUGUAAUACUGAUACCAUGGUAGAUCAAAAAAAACUGUUAAAAACACCAGUCUUAUAUUAGGACAAACUAACUAAGUAACUAAGGCAGAGGUAGACCAGCAGUUCCCAUGAUCUGUAAAGUAGCAUCCCUGUUUUCGACAGUGUAGUCUGCUGUCUUUAGAGAGAGCUAGUUUCUUCAGUUUCUGUUCAGACUUUCUACUUGUUCGACAUUCAAGCCCCAAAUACACAAAGAAGAAAGUCCAGAUUUAAACAUAAACAAAGUUGUUUAUCCACACGCAUGUAUAAAGAAGUCAUUCUUCCUCCUAACACAGCCUGUUGAUGUUUGUUGUUGUCUCCUCAGACUCCAGCAGAGGGCGCCUCCAUCACCCUGCUGGCUGCAGCAGCCUCAGAGUUUGAGGGCAUUGGGUCCUGUUACCUUUACAACGGGGAGAAGAGGCCAUCUGCGAAGGUCUCCUAUGACCCUGAGCUACAGGCCAAACUAUGGAAGAAGAGCUGUGAUCUGGUGGGGCUGCAGAAAGCCUGA